CAAAGUUUGCAUUCCUCGACCAUGAAGAUCCUGAGCCGUUCUAGCGCUCCACGCCGCUCGUCUACGGCGAAUUGGUUGGAACCAACGUCGUUUCGUCCUGAAGACUUGUUGGAUGAACUGCAAGAUGAAGAGGAGACGAACACGAACGGGGACGAGUUUAGCAACGGCAAGUCUGGAAACGGGACUACCGGUCAGUCCAAAGAUGACAGCUUGACCGACUCUGAGACCAUCAAGGAGCAUUCCAUGAACAUUGAAAAGACCACCAAGCGCACACUGCUUGCCGCCUUGUUGGUCCUCAUUGUGGGAUCAGUUGCUUCCUGCUCGUUUCUCUACAUGGGAAUUUCCAACACCAAGCAAGACAACUCUGGCGAGUUUGAAAGGAGGGCCUCCGAUUUGGCCAAGAGCAUUGACUCGUCCUGGAAAGACUACGAUGCGGCAGCCCUAUGGGUCCAUCAAGCUUGUCGCAAUUGGCGCACGGAUAACUUUACCAGUGAAGACUUUGAAAUUCUAUACCACUACACCACUUCAGGAGGAUUGGACUUUGAAAUGGUGCAAUGGAAUCCCAAUAUCACGCACCAGGAACGACCUCAAAUGGAGCGACAAGGACUGGAUAUUUGGGGUCCAUACGCAGGAUACCAGGGAGGCAUCACUGGUUUGGAACCAGAUCCUGCAAACCCAGAAGAGCUCGUAUUCAAGAACAGGUCCGAACAGCCAUUCUACUUCCCCAUUCAGUUUGGAGAGCCAAAGGAACUCGUUGGAAAAGCCGGAAACUAUGAUGUGUACUCGGCUCCCUGGGAAGCAGUCACCAUAGAUAAGGCUCUACAAACGGGAGAGCCAGCGCUCACAGGAAGGUUCAUGCUCGUGGGCACGGCGUCAGAAAACGCCGGAUACAGCGUGGCACUGUAUCAUCCCGGCGCGCCUCUUCCAGACAAAUUCAACUCAAAGCCAAGGGAUCUCACGAGCCUUGUCGUUAGUAUUGGGGCUCUUCUCAAACGGGCUGCACGCGAUCAAGCCGUGACCCUAUCCGUAUACCUAUUCGACAAGACUAACAACAAAUUGGAUCCUUAUGUUGCUCCUCAAUUCCUAUCGGGAGUUGAAAUCAGGGUCCUCCACGAGACAGUCCACCAUGACCAACAAACAAACCAAACUACUACCACCACCACCAUCACAAACCCACAAGCCGAAACCAGCUAUGAUGCACUCCACAAAGAUACCGACCUAUACUACGAACGAGAAAUGGAAAUCGGAGGGCGCGUCUGGACCGUAGUCGUAGUGCCAGUGCAAGGAACUUACGUCGCAGAUCUCGCCUCUGUCGUCGUUAGUGGAGUCAUGAUCUUUGUCGCUUCUGCGCUUCUCGCCGUGUGGAUGAUCCACAACAUGUACCAGUCCAUUGCCAUGCACAGAGUCAUCACAAAGGCUGCAGCUGAAGCUUCCAUCGUCUCCAACCUCUUCCCUCCAGCUGUCAGAGAACGCAUGAUUCAGGACGCACAAAUCAAAGCAAGGCGACUCAAGGACCUCAAGUCCGCCAACAAACAAAAACAAAAAGAUGUUUUUGUGAACGGAGAAACCGGAGAACGAAGUGUACUCUCCAAGUCGAGGCUCAAUACUCUUCUCACCAGUGAAGGCAUCUUUGGAAGCAAACCUAUCGCGGAAUUGCAUCCAUACACAACCCUCAUGUUCGCCGAUCUGGUUGGCUUUACAGCGUGGAGCAGUGUCCGAGAACCAUCUCAGGUGUUUACAUUGUUGGAGAUCUUGUAUCAUAGUUUCGACAUGAUUGCGCAGCGACGGAGGGUGUACAAGGUUGAGACAGUGGGAGAUUGCUAUGUGGCUGUUUGUGGACUACCGAAGCCACGAAAGGACCAUGCCGCCGUCAUGGCGCGGUUCGCCAACGAUUGCCUCAACAGACUGUUGAAACUGGUCAAGGCACUUGAAAAGAGCUUGGGUCCGGAUACAAGCAAUCUUGGUUUGAGGAUCGGUUUGCACAGUGGUCAAGUCGUCGCAGGCGUCCUGCGUGGUGAUAAAGGACGCUUCCAACUCUUUGGAGAUGCGAUCAACACUGCAUCACGCAUGGAAAGCACUGGUGUUUGUAAUAGGAUCCAAGCCAGCUCCGAAACAGCGGAGUUGUUGAUUCAGGGAGGACGUCAGAAUUGGCUCAUUCCACGGGACGACCUUGUGGAAGCCAAGGGCAAGGGCAAGCUGCAAACAUACUUCAUCCGGAUCAAUGAAGCGUCCAAAGCAAGCGAUGUUUCGGACGACGGAGACGUUCUAUCCUCUUCCUUCAUCGGAGCUGCACCUGACGCAAAUCUCGAAAAGAUCAACAGACUGGUAGAAUGGAAUGUGCAAGUGCUCAGUGCCUUGCUGAAGAGUGUUGUAGCGCGAAGAGAAGCAAUGGGAAAAGGAUCAAGUUCUUCUAAUUCUUUGAUCAAUACGGCGACGGGGACAGGCACAGGAAUGGUCUUGGAAGAGGUGAAAGAAGUGAUCACUCUGCCAGAGUUUUGCGCUGACACCCUGAAAAAGCAAGUGGACCCAGAAUCCGUGGAGCUUGAUGUGGAGGUAGUGGAUCAGCUUCGUCAUCUGAUCACGAGGAUCGCCUCUGGCUAUCACUUCAAUCCAUUUCACAACUUUGAGCAUGCGUCACAUGUCACAAUGAGUGUUAUCAAGAUGAUGAGCAGGAUCGUUGACCCAAAGCAACAACUUGCUGUGAAAAGACGCAAAGGCGACUAUGACAAGGACAAGCUCGACGCCGAGCUCCAUGACCACACUUUUGGCAUCACGUCAGAUCCGUUGACUCGAUUUGCAUGCACCUUUAGCGCCUUGAUCCACGAUCUCGACCAUUUGGGAAUUCCAAAUAUGGUGUUGAUCAAGGAAGAGUCUCCAUUGGCGGAAAAGUAUAACAAUCUGAGUGUGGCAGAACAGAAUAGUGUGGAUCUCGCGUGGAGCAUGCUGAUGGAGCCUCGUUACGAGAACCUGAGAUCGUGUCUGUGCUGCGAUGCCGAGGAGUUCACUCGAUUCCGAUCUUUGGUUGUGAACAGUGUGAUGGCUACUGACAUUAUGGACAAGAAUCUUGGAGCAGCAAGGAAGCAACGUUGGAAUAUUGCUUUCAAUCCCGACAACUCCAAUGGAUCUCCUUGUCCUGAUGACACCUGUGCAGUCAAUAGAAAGGCAACAAUCGUUAUUGAGCAUUUGAUUCAAGCCUCUGACGUGUCUCACACAAUGCAGCAUUGGCAUGUGUACGCCAAGUGGAACGAGAGACUCUUCCACGAAAUGUACAAAGGUUACAAGGCAGGCAGGCUUGAGAAAGAUCCUUCCGAAGGAUGGUAUCAGGGAGAGCUCGGGUUCUUUGACUUUUACGUCAUUCCACUUGCUAAGAAGCUCUUUACCUGCGGAGUUUUUGGCGUUUCCAGUGAUGAAUUCCUGAACUACGCUGAGAUCAACAGGAAAGAAUGGGAGCGUAAAGGACAAGAAAUGGUCCAGCAGUAUCUGAUCAACUACAAGGAAAAGUAUGAGAGCCCCGACAGUGGAGCCGUCGUUCCGUGAUCGAGUAUACUGAAACUUAGGGUUUCAUCAUCAGUUUUGAAGUUGGG